AUGUUGAGGAGCCAGUUCCAGCGGUCUAUCCGCUCCUUCCAGCCCUCCCAGGCUGCGCGCGCCCUCGCUCCCCACGCGGUUCGCUACGCCUCCACCGAUGCCGCCCGUGAUGGAAAGAUCCACCAGGUCAUUGGUGCCGUUGUUGACGUCAAGUUCGACACCGAGCAGCUCCCUUCCAUUCUCAACGCUCUGACCACCGACAAUGGCGGCAACAAGCUCGUCCUCGAGGUUGCUCAACAUUUGGGUGAGAACAUCGUCCGUUGCAUUGCCAUGGACGGUACUGAGGGUCUCGUCCGUGGCCACAAGGCCACCGACACUGGCGCUCCCAUCAAGAUUCCCGUCGGUCACGGCACUCUUGGUCGCAUCAUGAACGUCACUGGUGACCCCAUUGACGAGCGCGGUCCCAUCAAGGCUACCAAGUACGCCGCUAUCCACGCCGAUCCCCCGGAGUUCACCGAGCAGUCCACCUCCGCUGAGGUCCUGAUUACCGGUAUCAAGGUCGUCGACCUUCUCGCCCCCUACGCUCGUGGUGGUAAGAUCGGUCUCUUCGGAGGUGCCGGUGUCGGAAAGACUGUGUUCAUUCAGGAGCUGAUUAACAACAUUGCUAAGGCCCACGGUGGUUUCUCCGUCUUCACCGGUGUCGGUGAGCGAACCCGUGAGGGUAACGAUCUGUACCACGAGAUGCAGGAGACUUCCGUCAUUCAGCUUGAUGGCGAGUCCAAGGUCGCCCUUGUCUUCGGUCAGAUGAACGAGCCCCCGGGUGCCCGUGCCCGUGUCGCCCUUACUGGUCUUACGGUCGCUGAAUACUUCCGUGAUGAGGAGGGCCAGGAUGUGCUCCUCUUCAUUGACAACAUUUUCCGUUUCACCCAGGCCGGUUCCGAGGUGUCUGCUCUUCUCGGACGUAUUCCCUCCGCUGUCGGUUACCAGCCCACCCUCGCCGUCGACAUGGGUAUGAUGCAGGAGCGUAUCACCACCACCUCCAAGGGAUCCAUCACCUCCGUCCAGGCCGUCUACGUCCCUGCUGACGAUUUGACUGAUCCUGCUCCCGCCACCACCUUUGCCCAUUUGGACGCCACCACUGUGCUGUCCCGUGGUAUCUCCGAGUUGGGUAUCUACCCCGCUGUCGACCCUCUCGACUCCAAGUCCCGUAUUCUCGACCCCCGUAUCAUCGGUGACGAGCACUACGACACCGCCACCAAGGUCCAGCAGAUUCUUCAGGAGUACAAGUCGCUCCAGGAUAUCAUUGCCAUUCUCGGUAUGGACGAGUUGUCGGAAGCUGACAAGCUUACCGUCGAGCGUGCCCGUAAGAUCCAGCGUUUCCUGUCGCAGCCCUUCGCUGUCGCCCAGGUCUUCACUGGUAUCGAGGGUGCUCUUGUCGACCUCAAGGACACCAUCCGCUCGUUCAAGGGCAUCUUGAACGGUGAGGGUGAUGACCUGCCCGAGGGUGCCUUCUACAUGGUUGGUAACCUUGAGUCUGCGCGCGCCAAGGGUGAGAAGAUUCUUGCUGAGCUCGAGAAGCAAUAA